GUUCUUUAAUGUUUGAACUUCUAACGGCUGAACCACUCGAUCCAACUGGCUUAAGGUUGGUCACAGUGUUUAGUGGAGAAACAAAACGGAGAAAAAUGGCCAACAAGCCAGCAGGCAACCAUGAUGGCAACUAUGGGGUGACCAGCAUAGAGGAGGAGAACCUGAUGGAUCUUCAAGGCAAGGACGCUGUAAAGAAGAUACAAGACACUGAUGGAGAUGUCCAUAGAACUACUGACUUGUCACUUGCCAUUCUAUCUGUCUGGCAGCAAUUUAGAAGAGCAACACCAGAAUAUGAUUCCCCCACAGAAGCCCAAGAUGUUCCUGCAGCUGGUGCAGAAGACUCUGUGGGACAUUAAACUGGCCUUUCUGGGAUUCGCUGCAGUAAUCUUGCUCAUCAGGUUCUUCAACGCACCAGGGAGCAACGAUGAAACAGGGACUGAAGGUGGCGCAGGGAGUGAGGGCAAGGCUAACAUGAGACAGCUCAGGUUUGCUCUGAUCCUGUCCUGGGUCUUCAUAAUGAUCCUGGUGACGGCCUGCAGAAACUUGUGCAACAUCAAGGAGUUCCUUGAAGGCCCAGAAGGCCUGGGAGAGGACUGUGCUGGAGCAGAGAACCAGCAUCGUCUCUGCUCCAGCAGUAGCAGACCAGCCUCUCCCUGCUGCACAAUCACAAUAGCCAGUCUGUCAAUAUGGAUUGUGACCACAAUCAGCCUCAUGACAAACUUUUGGCUCCAGCAUCAGACCUGGAAGUCUGAAUGCAUCAACUUUUACACGCGGCAGCUUUUGCCAGUGGUCAAGGUCAUUUUUACCACCAUCUGUGAGGUGACAAAGGUGUUCAUGGCUGUUCCUAUGGGGGUGCCGCUGGUCGUCACCAUCUAUCUGACAUACUCUGUCAAGAAAAUGAUGAAAGACAACAACCUGGUGGGUCACUGGAACGCCUGUGAGACCAUGGGCAACGUCACGACUAUCUGCUGUGACAAGACGGGUACUCUGACCAUGAACCGCGUGACGGUGGUGCAGGCCUGCGUUGGCGAUACACACUAUAAGACCCUCCCCAAACCUGACGUCAUCAAACCAGAGACUUUGGAAAUGUUGGUCACCAGCAUCUCGAUCAACUCAGCGUACACCACUGAGAUCUUGGACUCUCCCCUGGAUCCUGUCCAGAUGGUCUGGAUCAGCCUCAUUACAGACACUCUGGUCGCUCUCGCUCUGACCACUGAACAGCCCACUGAGUCUCUGCUGCUACGUAAACCGUACAGCCGAGAGAAAUGUGUCAUCUCUGAGACCCAUGAAGAAGAGCAUCGUGGGCCACGCCGUGUACCAGCUGGUCAUCAUGUUUACUCUGCUCUUUGCUGGAACUGAGCUCAGAUUCAGCUUCAUAAACAAUGGAAUAUCCAACUUUUAGAAGGGCCCCUAACGGGACCCUUCUGCUAAAGGCCUCACCAGAGGCUCAGGCUCUGGGGCCCCGGCAGGCCGGCUACAGGGCCAGACCUGCACAGGAGGUGGAGGAGGAGGCCCGGGCCCACGUCGUCUCCGAGGGUGGCGACGUCACCAACGCCACCCUGGUGCUGAGCCGGUGGAGGGUCCAGUUCGGCCGGUACCAGGGCCAGACCUUCCACUGGCUGCUGGAGAACGACGUGGGCUACGCUGUGAACCUGGUUUCCUCCCACCAGAAGGAGCGAGAGAGGACAAGGUCUCAGUCCCCGCUGAUGGCCAACAAGGUGAAUGACUGGACCUGAUUUAUUCUGACAUACAGUCUGACUGCAGCUCCAAUUCUGGUUUGUGGACCUGCAGGACGCCUUCACCCGGUACUCCUCAGGAUACCUGGACUUUGUGGAAGCCGUCAGGUUCCACAAAGCGUUUGAGGAGGCCUGGGUGAAGUCCCUCCAGCCUGGGCAGGAGGGACAGGCCCUUGUUGGCUUCGGGGACUUCAAAUUUGAGACCCUGAAGAGCCUGAGGACCCCAAGAAGAUCCGAUUCGUCAACUACCUGAGACGGAAGCUCCAGCUCCAGGCACGCAGAUGGAGAACGCCGUCCGCUAUGUCAGAAGCCGAGACAGACAGAGGAGGAACCCUGCUGCUGCCUCCUCCACCUCCACUGCUACCAGGACUUCCACCUCCUCCACUGUCAGCAGCAGCUCUGCUUCUGUCUCGGCUUCGACGCAGGGUUCCAAAGCUGCAUCCCAAUUUGCAGCCUUUGUCUCUGGCCGGCGUUCUCUGUCUGCGCUGGAAAUGCAGGCAAAGAUUAAGAAGCUGGUGGUUUCUAAGUCUGCAUUUCCAGCCUCCUGCAGACCAGCUCUUUUCUCAGAACCACCUGAGGAGCCCACAGAUGAAGAGCUGGUCCAGGUGGUAGUUGACACAGAGAAGUAAGAGCUGGAAACCAAACAGUAAGUUUGUGUCAGAUUAGAACUUUCUGGUGUCUCUAUGGUUUUAAUCUCAGAUCACUAACUGCCAUGCUGCUCAUCACCUGAAUCAUCCUGACUAAUGAGAUCACCUGUAGACACACCUUUCCUCCAUCCCGCUUUUCUUUACCUGCAUAACCCUCAGCCUCCCGCGUCCCCCGACCCCUUCUUUGCAUGUCGGCUGUUCCUGUGGAUGCCACACAGGGUCUGGCGUCUGCAGCUGACAUGUCCCCAGCCUUCAUGCACCGGGUCCAAGAUGAAGGCUGGGCUGGACAGGACCAUCCGGAGGGUCCUGGACAUCGACGGCUGGUAUCUCAUGGCCACUGAGUACCUAGAGUGCCGUCGAUGUAAGAAGAAGGUCGGAGGCUGGUCGCAGGCCAUCAUUAGGCAGCUGCUCCACACCUACAGCUGCCAGUUUCCUGCCGUACUCACGUACAGGUUGUCCUGUGACCUGAGGGUGGUUGUACAGCUGAAGUCCCGCACUCUUGGCAACAGUGCCACUCAGCUGUGCAACACCCUGCGGGAGACCCACGCUGACUCCUGGAUGUGGAGAGCGAUCCACUACCUCGGCGUGUGCGAGCAGUUCCUGGCCUUGGGCUCCGUGAGGUGGCAGUUUCCACCACCGCCCCAGAUGCCCCCUCUGCCGUCACCCGAGUGGCUGCUGACGGUGUUGUGACGACGACAGGAAGAGAUCAAAAGCAAAGACGCAAAACAAUCUGUCUGGCAGCAAUUUAGAAGAGCAACACCAGAAUAUGAUUCCCCCACAGAAGCCCAAGAUGUUCCUGCAGCUGGUGCAGAAGACUCUGUGGGACAUUAAACUGGCCUUUCUGGGAUUCGCUGCAGUAAUCUUGCUCAUCAGGUUCUUCAACGCACCAGGGAGCAACGAUGAAACAGGGACUGAAGGUGGCGCAGGGAGUGAGGGCAAGGCUAACAUGAGACAGCUCAGGUUUGCUCUGAUCCUGUCCUGGGUCGUCAUAAUGAUCCUGGUGACGGCCUGCAGAAACUUGUGCAACAUCAAGGAGUUCCACGUUUUCCAUCCUGACCUCCCCCUGUAAAGCCAGCCAAGACCCAGGAUGACAUGGAAAAUACCAGGGAGGACAAAUGUUUGCCGCAGAGCAAACUGACCAAGCUGCUUGCCUGGAUCACCUGGCCUGGUCUGGAUCAGCCUCAUUACAGACACUCUGGUCGCUCUCGCUCUGACCACUGAACAGCCCACUGAGUCUCUGCUGCUACGUAAACCGUACAGCCGAGAGAAAUGUGUCAUCUCUGAGACCCAUGAAGAAGAGCAUCGUGGGUGAUGACAUGGAAAAUACCAGGGAGAACAAAUGUGUGCCGCAGAGCAAACUGACCAAGCUGCUUGCCCGGAUCACAAUAGCGAGUGAGCAACCUGGUGGGUCACUGGAACGCCUGUGAGACCAUGGGCAACGUCACGAGUAUCUGCUGUGAAAAGACGGGUACUCUGACCAUGAACCGCAUGAUGGUGGUGCAGGCCUACGUUGGCGAUACACACUAUAAGACCAUCUCCAAACCCGACGUCAUCAAGAUAAGUCCUUUAUUUCUCCCCACGCCAGGGGAAAUUUACAUUGUCACAGCAGCCCAUGCAACAGUAGACGUAGUGAUAUGAACAAAACAAUAGAACAGUAGUAACAAUAUUUACAAUAUAUACAAGGGUGAGAGAUGAGGAUAAAGAGGCUUAAAAGAAAAAAAAGUUUAAAAGUGCGAAGAUGUGCAGUGCAAGAAUUGCUGUGCAAAUUUUAUGGUUUGGGGUGGUAAUGAUAUAGUCCAGUUUAUGUUAACAUCAGCCAGUGAUGCUGAUGUUGUAAAGUCUUAUAGCAGAUGGAAUGAAGGACCUGCGAUAGCGUUCCUUCUUGCAGGGUGGAUGUCUCAGUCUGCUGCUGAAGGAGCUGCUUAAAGACCCCACAGUGUCAUGCAGUGGGUGAGAGGGAUUGUCCAUGAUGGAUGUGAUCAAACCAGAGACUUUGGAAAUGUCGGUCAACAGCAUCUCGAUCAACUCAGCGUACACCACUGAGAUCUUGGUGAGACUUUGACUGUCCUGCUGCACCAAAAAACAACAUGAACACAGAUGCUAAUCCUAACCUCAAAACAUUAUUCUAUAUGAAAUCAACCAAACCCUCAUCAGAAUCAGUCAAUUUUUUAAAUAUAUAAUAUGUUUAUGCAAAAAUGUAUCAUCAUACUGUUGUUAUUUUUAUUUUAUUUUUCAUAUUUCUGAGCUUCUUUGCCUCCUGAAAUUCAUGAGUACAGGAAAUUUUCCUUUAAGCAACUUUGAAUAUCUCUUUUAUGGGAAAUGUCAUAGCUUCAACAGAAAAACUGCAGCAGUUUAAUGUCUGUCAUAGAAAAAAGACCCUAAAGACACAAUGCGUAGAAGAAUUAACAACUGCACAAAAUCUCCUCUUUUUAAUAAAUAAGCUUUGCUUUCAAGGUUAGAAACUUCUUCACAAAGAGAGAGACAACAUAGCAGAGACACACUCUUGCUUUUAUUACAUUUUCAGACAUUGUAAUGAUUCCAUGAGGAAUAACUUAACCAAAACCUCAACUGAAAUCACUGAGAGCAGCCCAACAAAUAAAGUGUAAGUCAAAGUGAUAUUGUUCUAACACAGACUCUUUCAGAACUUAGAUUGUUGAUUUACUGUUUUUACAAAUAUGUUUGCAGUCCAAGAUUGCAGCAUGAUUGAUUAAAAUAGGAUUAUAUCUUUUCUGUUAGACUCAACUCAACCUUAUUUAUACAACGCUUUAAACAGCAGCCGCUGAAACAAAGUGCUGUACAAUAAACAAUGAAUUAAAACAAUAAAUAAAACAUAAAUAAAACAUACACAUAUUAAGACAGCAGCACAAUAAAACAGAAGCAGAGUCUCAUGCUGUGUUAAAAGCCAGUGAAUAAAAAUAGGUUUUAAGUUUGGUUUUAAAAACCGACAGUGAGGGAGCCUCUCUGAUGUGCAUAGGGAGAUUAUUCCACAAUCUGGGAGCAGCAACAGAGAAGGCUCUAUCUCCUCUGAGCUUCCUCCUAGACCUCGGAACCUCCAGAAGCAGCUGAACAGCUGAUCUGAGGGUUCGUGAGGAGGGAUGAGGAUGGAGCUCAGAGAGGUAGGGAGGGGCCACACCAUUUAAGGCUUUAAAAACAAAUGAAAGAACCUUAAAAUCAACCCUAAAGCGCACGGGGAGCCAAUGGAGGGAAGCUAAAACAGGCGUAAUGUGCUCAUAUUUUCGAGUGCUGGUUAAAAGACAGGCUGCAGCAUUUUGAGCCAACUGGAGACGCGCUAGGGCAGACUGGCUAGCUCCAAGAUACUCCACACGUACACAUUGUAUGAGUUCAAAAUGAAAUCAGAUGUCCGACAACGCCACCCUGGGAAUUUCACCCAGAGAAUUAUUGUGAUCCAAUACUGGAGGCACAUAAGUUCGUUUAUUUCAUGAGGCUUGAGAUGUGUGUCCAAAUUAAAACAUUUUAUUAUAAUUGUCUAAAAUAACUGGUUAAAACAUAACACCAUUCAUACUAGGGGCCAAAGAAAAAAAAAAAAGCAGAAAUCUAAUCAGUUGCUGGCCGCCAGGUGGAUGGGGCCAGUGAAGGUGAAGGAAGUUCUCCAAAAUAAUAAAUAAAAAAAAAAAAACACCCCAAACUAGUGCUGGGCGAUAUGAUGAUACAUAUAGUGAGAACGAUAGUAAAGUGUCUAUCGUGCCAUUUCUCUUCUAUCGUUUCUAACCUAAUUUUAUCAAUUACUACAGCAAAUAUAUCAUUAAAUAGCCUACAACGAUUGUAUUAGUGAUUUCUUGUCACUAUGCAUACUGUAAGUUUAUAUAAGUGAAAAUAAAGAAGAAUAAAAAAAAGA